AUGAGAUUACUCCACACCUCCCAGCAUCGAUUGUUUGAAUACAACGACGAUGAUGUGCCUCCCUACGCCGUUCUCUCCCAUACGUGGGGAGAGAACGAAAUAUCGUACCAAGACUUCCUCCAAGGCAGGCGAAACGAGAAAAUUCUUCAAUGCUGCCGUCUAGCGGCAUCCGAGUCCUGGGAUUAUGUCUGGAUUGACACCUGCUGUAUCGACAAAUCAAGCAGUGCCGAGCUGACCGAAGCUAUCAAUGCCAUGUAUCGUUGGUAUAAGAAUGCCGAGAUAUGUUAUGCACACCUGGCAGAUAGGACGGAUUCAUUGAUAUUUAAUCCGAAAAUUUUUGCAGCGCCCAAAUGGUUUACCAGAGGUUGGACAUUACAAGAACUUCUUGCUUCUCCGAGAAUCAUUUUCCUUGCCUCAAACUGGCUUGUGAUUGGUAGCAAACAGACUCUUGCGACUUAUAUCUCUAAGGUUACGCGUAUCAGUCUUGAACAUCUUAAAUUUCCUCAUCGAGCGAGUGCAGCAGCAAAAAUGUCCUGGAUGGCCAAUAGGAGAACUACAAGGAUUGAGGAUAUGGCCUACUGUCUUCUAGGGAUCUUUGAAGUAAAUAUGCCUUUACUUUACGGGGAAGGAGAGAGAGCCUUUAUAAGGCUGCAAGAAGAAUUCAUCCGAAGAUCAGAUGACCAGUCAAUAUUUGCCUGGGUCGAUAAUAAUCUGGAGUACAGUGGGAUGCUCGCACGCCACCCUUCAGCUUUCAGAGAUUCUGGCGAUAUCGUACAGGUCUUCAACGUUCCCCACGUACAUGGAAAGCCGUAUGUAAUGACAAAUAUAGGUUUAGAAAUCCAGUUCCUCGUCGAUGAGCAGAUUUACUGUGACUUUGAUAAUGCAGGUACAGAAGAUUCGGACCCUAGGCGUGUCUCACGAUGGGAGGUUCCGCUUGCUUGUAAAAGAUACAGCGACACGGAAACUCUCGUUUUCAUAACUCUACAAGAAUAUGAAUCUGGCAAGGCUUCCAGAAUCAAUUCAUUUAGGCUCAAUACGCUGCAGGCGCCGCGUCAAACUGGCGAAAAGAGAAUGUUCCUGGUGAACUCCGGAUAUUCCUUGUCAAGUUCGAUAAAUAUUAAGAGAAAACUUUGGGACCCAAUCAAAAUCGUUCUAUCCAAAUCUACACGUGAAAAAUUCCAAUAUAUAAAAAACAUGUCAGGAUCAGGGAUCAGUGCUUAUGAUCCGUCGUUCGAAAAAGAUCAUUAUUCAAUUGCAAACUCCACCAGAAUUUACGUUAGCCGUGGGGAGCAUGACAUGCUCAUACAACUUUCCGAAGGAACAUUACAGUCUACGCCUUCGGAUGUGAUAGAAAAGAGAGCUGCUAUGUUCAUAGGUGCAGACGAAGCGGGAUUCUUAUUAUGUUGGUCGCAGAAUCCUUACCUGACUUCACCUCCCCCUGUUGAUGUCCUUGUUGCAAGUGAAAUUACACCUGGUUUAGCAGAGGGCAGUCGUGUUCUUUCCAGCUUUGAGGUCGCACAAAUGCAACUGGACUCAACAGACAUUUGGGUCGCUUCGAAAAUGUUUGGAGAGGGCGGUGGGGAAGUCCUAGGUUUUAGGUUAAGACAUGAGGCGCGCGGAGAAAAUCAACGCCUCGUCAUUGAAAUUGGUACAUCAUGUAUGCCGUAA